AUGGUGGCCUUGUUCCUGUCUACCCUGUUCCAGACAGAGGUGACCUUUGAGGGUGUGGCUGUGCUUCUCUUCCAGGAUGAGUGGGGCUGCCUGGGCCCUUCUCAGAGAAGCCUGCCUCUACAGGAUGUGAUGUUGGAGACCUAUAGGCUCCUUGUCUCCCUAGGAGCAGGACCUCUAGGUCCCAAGCUUAGGGUGAUUUUGCAACUGGAGCAAGAGGAUGAGCCAUGGAUCCUGGACACAUAAGAUUCUGAGGAGAGAAAGCUUCUGAGCAUCAAGGGCUCAGCUCAUUGUAACAGGACUGAGUACAAGGAGCUGACUUCCGGGGAGACAUUUGAUCAGCAAGAACUAUAUCAAUGCACAGGGACUGUUUCUUGGGGACCUGAGCCCUAUGAGGUUCAUGAUCAUGAGAGAGCUACAGGUAGCCUGCACAAGGCAGUGGGGCAGAGAGGCCACAGAGCAAUCACACUGACAAAUGAGGAGAGUGGCUGGGAGACUGGGGCCUUGGUUGGGGUCAAGCCCAUUGUUGAUCAGAGACCUCACAAGUGUGAUAUAUGUGAGCAAAUUUUUGAGAAGAGAUCAUAUCUGAAUAACCACAAGUGUGUACACAGGUAAAAAAAAAAACCCACAAAUGCCAUUCAUAAUUCUGGGGACAUCUUAAACACAAACUUGUUAGAGAAAUCUCAGAAAAUUCCUAUUGGGAAACAACUGCAUUAUUGUGGUCACUGUGGGAAGACAUUCAGGUAUAAUGCUAAUCUUGCCAAACAUGAGUGGCUUCACAGGGAAGAGAAACCCUUUAAGUGUGAUGAAUGUGGGAAAGCCUUCAGCCAGAGUUGUGAGUUCAUCAGUCAUCGAAGGAUGUAUUCUGGGGAGAUCCUGUACCACUGUGAGGAGUGUGGGAAGACUUUCAGCUAGAGAUCCAACCUCAUGAAGCAUCAAAGGAUUCACACUGGGGAGAAGCCCUACAAGUGUGGAGAGUGUGAUCACUUUAGUGCCUAUUCUUCCCUUAUUUAUCACCAGAGAAUUCAUGAACAGAAACUCUAUAAAUGUAAUGACUGUGGGAAAGCCUUUAGUGAUGGCUUAAUCCUUAUUCAACAUCAACAGAUUCAUACUGUUGAGAAGCCAUUUGAAUGUAAAGAAUGUGGUAAAGUCCAAAGUUCUAACCUCAUCCAACAUCAAAGAAUUCACACUGGAGAAAAGCCCUAUAAAUGUAAUAAAUGUAACAAAUGUGAGAAAGCCUUCAUUCAAAAAACCAAACUUGUUGAGCAUCAGCAAAGCCACACUGGAGAAAAACCUUAUGACUGUGGCAAAGUUUUCAACCAAAGCACACACUUCAUCCAACACCAGAGGAUCUACACGAGAGAGAAGCCCUACAAGUGCAAUGAGUGUGGGAAGGCCUUUCAUAACAAUUCCAGACUCAUCCAUUAUCAGAGAUCUCACCAUGGAGAAACUGUAAAAAUCAGUGAUUGCAAGAAAGCCUUUAGCCAGAGCCCUUACUUGUUUCAGCACUGGAGGAUUGAAAAAAGAGACAAGGCCUACAAAUGCAGUGAGUGUGGGAAAGCCUUCCAGCAUAGCUCUAACAUAUGUCCACAUCAGCAGAUUCACCUCCAGAGAGCCUUUUCCACAUGAUGGCUGGAGAGUCCAUAAGAACACUUGCCUGUGAAAGACUGCAUCCACCCCAGACCCCCACCCUGCUCUAUUCCUGGCCUACCUUGUCUUCACAGAGUGAAAAGCAUUUCUGUCUAAUUAAAGAACAAAACAAAACAAUAACAAAAUCUUCUUUCCUUAAACCAAAUGCCAUGCAUGUUCAUUUUAGAGAAAUUGAGAAAGAUGAACAAAAAGAAAAAGAGAAUUCAUUGCUUUUGAUUUAGAACAUGCUUUAUUUCAAAUACAAUGGAGAGCAUUUUAGAAAAAAGUGCUCCUGAGCAUAGUGGCACAUAUUAUGGUCAGCAUGAGGGAGGUUGAGGCAGGACUGAUUGAAGUUCAGGAGUUCCACACAGCCCAGACAACAGUGAGUCU